UUCCCGCGCCUCUGUGAAGUUUGCUGAUCUGAGAAGGCCCACUUGUUCAAUGGAUGAUGGCGUUUGAGCGGAUACCAAAAAAGGAUUGGUACAGCAUUCUGGGGGCCAGCCCCUCUGAAAGUAUGGCAGACCUAAAACAAAAGUAUCAAAAACUCAUAUUAAUGUAUCAUCCGGAUAAACAAAGUGCAGAUGUGCCAGCAGGAACUGUGGAGGAAUGCAUACAGAAGUUCAUCGAAAUUGAUCAGGCGUGGAAAAUUCUAGGGAAUGAAGAGACAAAGAAAGAGUAUGACCUGCAGCGGCAUGAAGAUGAUCUAAGAAAUAUGGGACCAGUAGAUGCUCAAGUAUAUCUUGAAGAAAUGUCUUGGAACAAAGAUGAUCACUCUUUCUCUCUGAGUUGCCGUUGUGGUGGGAAAUACAGUGUUUCUGAGGAUGAAGCAAAAGAAGUUACCCUGAUUUCUUGUGACACAUGCUCACUAAUUAUAGAACUCCUUCACUGCAGCUGAAAUUGUUCACUAAGUGGGAUCCGUUAACUGUAGACAUAUUGAAGAGAGUCCAUUCCAACUUUGUCAAUUCAAGCAACUGUAUAAAGCUGAUAAAAAAAAUUUAAAAAAGAGGUAGGAUUCUUUUUUUUGUCAGCUCUACUAUUUGCAAAGAAAAUAUAAGCUUGUCAAGAAAAGUCUAUCCUGGAUUAAUAGAAAAUUAAUUUAGCUCUUUAUACAUGUUUAUAACUUAGAUUGCCAUAAAAAGGGACUUCAAUUAUGACUUAUAUUUAGCAAAUUCCUAUUUGAGAACUUUAAUUGAUUUGUUUCUUCAAAUAAGCAUCUUUUAAUAUGUCACAAUAUCAUAUUUCUUUACAGUUCCUAAGUUUCUGAGGUAAUAGAUGAUAUUUCGAGCUGUCAAAGAUACAGGCCUAUUGUAAAACUGUCUCAAAAUCUCAGGUCACUGGAGUUAAAUUAGGAUCUUUGUGACUAGAUGAGAGCCCAGCUCUCUCAUCAUGAAGGCCGAAUAUGGAGAUUCAUGGUUAGCUGAGAGUCAGGAGGGUGUAGGAAGGAUAGCUUUGGAGCCGGAGCCGUCACGCUGGCCUUCAGUCCUGGCGCUGUAUUCCAGCCCUUCACGUGGUUGUAUCAAAGCUUGCAAGUUCCUUGAACGUGGCCAUCUUCAACUUGAAGUAUAACUUAGGAAAUGGUAGCUCUAGAAACACAUGGUUUGAAACAGGGGCCUUACUUUCCUUUUUAUCUCAGACUACUGAGAUACAGCAUUAAUGUCUGUACUUAGGAGUAAGGAACCAUUGUACUGCUGGUGUGGUGAAAUGGACUUUUAUAACAAUGUAUGAUUAUUGAUUAUAGUAGAUUGUAAAGAUUUUCUUUUUCUAUAUAUUUAAUAUUCUAUAUAUAGUAUGUCAGAAAUCAUUUAAAAAAUUGAUUUGAAAAGGAAUCCUUUAUGGAUUGGAUCACUGAAACUUUCUUAACUUCAAAUGAGUGAGCCACGCUUGUGACUUAGCAGCUUUCUCUUAGGUUGAACUCUGUAUUUCUUCUUGGUUUGGACUUACAACACUAGUUUCUACUCUGACUUUGUAAAUGCAGCUAAAGUAUGAACA